UCGUCGUAUUGAAUAUUAUUUUUGUGGCAGCAAGUUGUGAAGUAUAUUCUUGCGGAAACUGCCUACUGUUGAAGAGCAAUAUGAUCCUAUAAGUCAUGGAGAGAUGUGAAUUCAGAAACUUGGAAUUCCUUAUGAAAGGAGCUCACACAUCAUCUUGUGGCCAGAUUAGUGAGCCCCAUAACCAUCCAAGGCAUUGUGAUGCCAGUAAAUUAAUGAGAGGACAGUUGUUCUUCCGUAAAAACAUUUCCAGCUGCGUAUUUGCCAUGUUAUGUUCACUAGUGUGUGGACUAAGUGUCUCCAAUCUGUUGGAGCCUUUGGUGUUUACAAAUGCAUCAGAUACACCCAGAAAGUCUCUUUAUCGUUAUAUUCAGACCCUUGUACAUGUUAUAAAAUGGCAUCUAAGUGACUUGUGUGAUGCAGAUUCUCCUGCUAGAAAAUCUCUCGAUAAGGUUAGAAAAAUGCACGAUGUUGUGGCAGAGGUUAUGACCAAACAGAAAACAGAUAAAAAAGUGUACCUGUCUCAAUAUGAUAUGUCAUUGGUACAGAGUGGUUUUGUUGCAGCUAUCAUUAUACAUCCACAAGAUUUUGGUAUACAACCUAAUGUCAACGAUUUAGAUGAUUAUGUUUAUCUCUGGAGAUUUAUUGGUACUCAUCUUGGAAUAACAGACCAGAACAACAUUUGUUUAAACGGUUACCUGGAAACAUAUACCAUUUGUGAACAAAUAAAAAAUAAAGUUUUGUUACAAGCAUUGAAACAUCCACCAGAUGAUUUUGAUUUUAUGGCCAAGGCUUUUACAGAUGGGCUGAAUAUAUUGCACAAAGUGAGGUUGUACACACCAGAAGCUGUGAUUAAUUUUAUGUAUGAUGUCUUUGGUCAAAACAGGGAGCGCCAGUCCAUUGCUAAUGAACUUAGGAUUAUGACUUUCAAGUUCUUGGUAAAACUGAAAUUGUAUGUACCAGGAUUUCAAAUUUUGAUGAAUAAACUAGUCAUGCUUGUUUACAAUUUGGUGACCAACAAUUAUCAGGAGAAACAGAAACAGUCAUAAGAAGCAGCAUGCAGUAUAACAUACAUAUACCUUUCUUUAGGAUUUGUGUGCAUGUAGUAUUUAUUUGCCAAAGCUAGUGGUUUACUUAAAUCUUAUCAAUGUUAACUCAAAAUUAAGGUCCUGAUGAUGGAGAAGAAAAGACAUAUAAUUUAUCUUUAUUUUUAAUAUCAAUAUGGAAAUAAAAAAAAAAUUUCUGACAUUAGAAAAUGUAUUAGUUAUAACUUAAUC